AUGUAUCCUCUCGGCACUCCGUACACAGGGGUCCAUGGACAUCCGCCGCCUUCCGAGGGCUCUCCAGUAAGCAUAGGGCCAUCGAGUACUCCAACCAAUGGUCGCCGGCUCUCUGGUGCCCCUGCGGCUUCAACAGGGGCCCCUGUGGGCAGUGGCGGUGGCUGCUUUUUGUUUGCAGUGAUACUCCUGAUGUUUUUUAUAUACUUCGGGUAUUUGUCUAUCCUUUUGCUGCCAAUGUUGUACGAUUCUUUCUCCUUGUUUUCGGUGGGGCUCUUUUGCGUUUUCCACUUGCUCUUCGUAUUGCAACUUGGAGCAUUUUUUAAGGCUGUAUUCACGGACCCUGGCCAGGUCCCUCCACACUGGGGAUUUUACAUGGGCGACGAAAGCAAAAGAAGGAGGUACUGCAAAGUAUGCAACGUCUGGAAACCCGACAGGACACAUCAUUGUUCGGCUUGCGGGCGAUGUGUGCUAAACAUGGAUCAUCAUUGCCCUUGGAUCAACAAUUGCGUGGGCUUCUUCAACCGUCGAUUCUUCUUACAGUUGCUUCUCUACGCCCUCGCGUGUCUCACUUUUGUGUUCAUCCACACGUUUUACCACCUUUUCAUCAGCUCCUUUUAUGGGCUAGCUGAAAGGGUUACAGCCCCUCCUCCAGGGCGUUUACCACACCCAGGAGCCCCAACGCCUUCGGCCAUCAAGGUAACAGAGUAUAUUUAUGCCUGCUUGGUCUUGUUCCUGUCGAUGCUCCUCAUCUUUGCCCUGGUGCCGUUCACCCGCUUCCACCUCAACCUUGUCUUAAAGAACUCUACAACAAUUGAGAAUAUGGAUCAGGCUAGUUUUGACAGAAACAGAUACGACCUUGGAGCUGGCAGAAACAUUGAACAGGUCUUCGGGUCCAACCCUUGUUGCUGGCUAGUCCCAACCCAUGCAGCGGGCAAUCGCCCAGUCGGAGACGGUGUUCGAUGGAGUCUGCAUUAUAUGGUCUCCCAGGACACACAGAAAGACCCCCAUGUCACUCAGCUGGUUGGUGCUCUGAAGAAUUGGCCAACUCUGAAAGCUCAUGCAUCCGACAAACUGAAUGUACUUAUAGCCAAGAUACAAUAG